AUGUCUUCACCACUUAAAAGAACCCUUAGCAGCACCGGCCGAUCAAUCAGUCCUCCUGCUCUGAAGAGAAAGAUCCCACGUUUACCAGAACACGUGGUCAGCACGCGCGAUGAUCCUACAGACCAGUUUCGAAUCUUCAGUUGGAAUGUAAAUGGUGUCGGGCCACUACUCCAGAAGCAAUUGUCCUUCGGGUCUGUCUCGCUUGCUCCACUGAGAGCCUUCCUGAAACGACAUCAAUGGCCUCAUUUUCUUUGUCUUCAAGAAGUCAAGAUCAAUCUGAAAGACACUGCCACCCAAAGACGACUUCAGGCGGCAGCUAACGAAGGUGUCAAGCCCGAUGAGCCCACUUACGCUGUUCAAUUUUCUCUCCCACGAGACAAACACAACGCUACGGGUUUCGGUGGGAAAGUGCAUGGGGCCGCCACAUUGAUUCGUGAGGAUUUCACCUCAAAUCUUCGGGUGACCCGACGUCCCGAUUGGGAUUUGGAAGGCCGAGUCUUGAUACACGAAUUAAAGAUUGGUUUGGUGAUCAUCAAUGGAUACUGGGUGAACGGAACGUCCAACCCUUAUCGAGAUCCAGAUACGGGCCAAGUCAUUGGCACAAGACAUGAUCACAAAUUGCGCUUUCAUGAACGGAUGCUGGACGAGACACUCCGACUCGAAAACGAAGGAAACCAUGUGGUGCUAAUAGGCGACAUGAACAUCGCCCGAGCAAGAAUCGACGGCUAUCCGAACCUGCGCACUUCACCUGUACAGCACGUCAAGAACCGUGCAGAUUUCAACGCCAAGUUCUUUACCGACGGGAAUGGUAUGCGAGGUAUCGAUGUAUUCAGACACUUCCAUGGAGAUACCCGGAAAUACACUUAUUAUCCUCGUGGCAGGCAUUGGGGAGAAAGCUGCGACCGAGUUGACCUGAUCAUUGUCAGUCGAUCUUUGGUAGACCAGGUCGACGCUGUUGCUGCCACUGAUAUAUGCGACAACGCCCUGGAUCGAGGGCAUUCCGACCACGUACCACUCUGGGUAUCCCUUGUCUCUUCCAAACUGCCAUUGAAGACAGCAGGACCGGCACGAGACUGA